GCCCCGCCCCUUCUGCACGAGGCCACGCCCCUUCCGGGGCCCCAGAGUGGCGUGCCCCCCCCCACACCUUGCGCAGGACCGCAGCCUCCCUGCGUACUGGUAAGUCUUUUAAGUUAUUCACCCCUGUUUUUAACCCUCAUUACAGAGAUCUGGAACGGUUUGUGGUCACAGCUAACAAGAAUAACUAGAGCCUGAUCUUUGACAUUUACGCUUCAAAACCAAGUGGCGCAUGUCUAAUCAUACUGGCUCAUUUAUCUCACUGCCUGAUAUCAGUUAUGGGAUUCACAGCCCCUCUCUGCAUAGUGGGUUCAAGUGAGUUGUAAAUAGCAGAAUUUUGCACAACUCUCACACCUCAACUUUGGAAAUGUUGAGGUGGAUGGUUCGGAAGUAUGGUUUUGUUAAUUUAAAUCCAUGGUAGAGGUUUAAUUUAAUUAUAAGCAAUUUGUUGCAGAGUCACGUAACCGAUUACUGGAAAACUUGCAGGGGCUAAUAGGUGCUAGAUGUCGGUAUUUUUAAUUAAGAUCAUGCAAUAAAGCUUCUCUACUGAUCAUCUGGUAACAACAACUCUGUAUACCCUUACUGACCCUGUGAGGAGAGAGAUUAGAAAAAAGCAGCAUUUCCCUCCAAGAUCCCACCCAAAGAAUGAGAAAAGUAAAUCUGUUAAAGACUUAGGCUCAAAGACAUUUUUAAAGAUGUUUUCUGGGAAUCCUGCACUCCCUGUAUCCUGCUGAAGGGGAAAGUAGCCAAGCCGUGGUCCUGAGAAGUCGCCCAAGAGGCCAGCCAUCUUUCCCAUCACUCAAAUAUUUUUAGUGACAACAUGCUGCAACUCCCUGUAGGCUACAGCACGGGAACAGUGUGAGUCUGCCAAUAUUUUUUGGUGGUGGGUCUCACAGUCUUAUCUGGGUGGUUAAUAAUCUGGAUGGUCAAAGUAUUUUUGCAACAUCUGCCAGCCAGAUGGAAAUAGUCAGAAAUACAUUAUUCCAAAAUAUGAACAACUGUUAGGGUAGUACGAAUUGUAAAUGCUUGGGAAUCCAUUAAUACCAAUGUUUCUCCUAGGAACUCCCUCCUCUGUCUCUCUUCUUCAUCUGUCUCUCUGCAGUACAUACUCACGUGAACUCUUUUGCUAUGUGGCUAAACAAAGGGGCACGAUGGGGGGCAGGGAGAAACAUCAAAAAUAUUCUACACUUCACCACAGUUUGGGCGUAAGAAACGGGUGCAGCUGAACAGAGUUUAACUGCAAGUGGCAAUAAGAACAAUCUGAGCUCAAUGCUAUUUCAGAAACUGUGGUCAAGCAGAUUGUAACCAGGGCUUCUGAGCGGUUUGCUCUUGCAGUUAAACCAUGUGCACCCAUUGUCAGCAACAGCUAAUUGCUAGUGUGGACAUGGAGAAAGCGAGCAAAAGGCUGCUAACCACAGGAAAAGUCAACCCUGAUUAGGCCUAUGAGUAAUAUUCAGUCUGUUAAGUGUGACAUCAUUUGUGACAUUAGGGAAGUGAAAAUAUAAGAUUGUGUCAGAAAAGAACAUUACUUUUUUUCCUCAAGCCCUUGCGAAGUUCAAAGAAGAUCGUUCUCUGCCUCCUUGUCAGUUAUCACCAUGGUUCCUUAUUUCAUCUCGGAGUGGAUCCUAAUGGUCCUGUUUACAGGUCUCACAGUAUCAGGCUCUCCUGUGAGAGGAGUGGUGGGUCAGAACGUCACUUUGCCCUGUAAAUACCGAGUUAAUCGCCCAAGUGACAUCACGACAAUGUGCUGGGGCCGGGGCAGCUGUCCUUCUUUUCAGUGUUCUCAGCCAAUUCUCUGGACAGAUGGAUGGAGGGUAACCAAGCGUCAGUCCAGCAGAUACCAGUUAGAAGGGAAUCUCACUCGGGGGGAUGUGUCCCUGACCAUAGUGAAUGUGGCAGAAGCAGACGGAGGGGUGUACUGCUGCCGUGUGGAGAUCCCUGGUUGGUUCAAUGAUCAGCAGAAGAAUCUGGAAGUUGCGAUUGAGACAGUUAGGACCUCCACUGCAGGCCCUCACACUUACACAUCUGAACAUACCUCAGCUGCUGCGAAUGCCAGUGACACACCUUCCACCGUCGCCCCCCAAUGGCCAUUGGUUUUCAGUUCAGAAGCCCCUCAGGAUGCUUCAAUUCAGACUACGUCCACGUCAAUCCAUCAGCUAAUGGAGCCAGAAUCUAUGGGGGCAGGGAUGCAUGUUGGAAUCAGCAUUUUUGUGGUACUUCUAGUCAUCCUGGUUUUGGCCCUAAUUCUAUCCAAAAGGUAUUUCCACAACAGACAGAAGCUGAAGACUUUGGCAAGCUCAGUCUCAUUCUCCAACCCAGAACACGGAGGCUUCCAGAGCACGCUGGAAGCUGGGGUCCAUGCAGAAGAGAAUAUUUAUACGAUGGACUAAAGAAUGGUUGGAUCCGUUCCCUGAUCAACACUGUGGCUUUAGCCAGUUAUUACAAAACUAGCCCAGUUUAUACAACACUCCAAACUAUAUGUUCUACUGACCACUUUUAACCCUUGUUUGAUACAACUGAGAAUUUCGAAGAGGGGUGUUCCUGGUGGAGGGCACAUGGACUGACAAACUAUUAUUUGCAUCACUCCAGUAAAGCAAGAAGUGUCUACAAAUUCGGGGCUAAGACUUUGCCAGUCUAUUGCAGACACGAGGCUCCACAGUUUAGUGCCAUUCUCAGCAUCCAUUCUCCAAAUGGGAGCGAUACGUGUAUUACAUUUGUUACCUGAUGCAAAUUGCCACUUCUGAGAUUGAAUGAGAGCAAGACCACAAUGCCUAAGCAGCUGAGAAGACAGAAGCUACAGUCGACUUUCAUAUUUACCCGUGUCUCCAACACUGUUGUCUCUACCUUGAUGCUGGAUUUCCUGGGGCAGGAUGGCACAGCCAGGAACUAUGCCAUGCCAUCUGCAGGGGGGAGCAGGCUGUGGCAGUUGUGAUGAUGUAGCUGUAAAGAGGAAUUUGUUUGUGAAUGUUUCAAACAACAAAAGUUUAACUGCAUUUUUGCUAAGGCAAAAUAUAUUCAUUCUUCGUUACCAGUGAGAGUUCAAUCCUGCUGGAUCCUAAGUGCUUUCAGGAAGAUGCUGAAACUUCUCAACUUCUAAGAAGUCAAGUACUCAGUGGAGAGUACUCAGCACUUCCCAGAAGGCGCUCAGCACCCUGGCAGGUCAGGCUCUUAAUACAUAGAAUACAUACAUUUUGUUGUCUCAGUUAAUUAUGACUAAGCACGUUUUACUCUGGAAACAAUACAUCCGGUUCUUCCUCUGUGCUUUUUAAAAAACUGAUAUGAUUCAUACCAUGAACCACAUUAGUGACAGGAUCUCCCAUUUCCAGAACUCUAGGAAACUAGAAAAAACACUAGCUACCCUGAAGAAUGAAUAAUAAAUUCCUCUCACGGCUAUUACCAAGGGGAAACCGAGUCACGUUGGAAGGGUAUGUCAGAGAUCUUGGUAACGCAACAAAUGUUGGGACAAAGUCUGCUCUUCACUUACAUCAGUAUAAAUCCAAAAUAACUCCACUAACCAUACUGAAAUUUGAAUGGGAUUUAAGCUGUGUAAGGGGACAGCAGGCUGAGACAAAUUCUGCUUUUCACAUACACGGCUGUAACUGGCACCCCAGUUAAUGGAACUGGUAUUGGACACGUGACCCCCAUGCUUUUUGGUCGAGGGACACUGCAAAACAAAGAUUGAGGCUGUCCCACAAUGAAUUGGAUUGGGAUGAGCCAGCAUAUUUCAUUUUGUACGGUCAUGCAAUAGAACACAACCUAACUGAUACAAAUUCAGGCAGUUCUGGUGGGAAGAACAGUUUUGCUUAGCUGUUUUUUAAAACCCACUUUUUAGCCAGCUAUAUCUAGGAAACGAGAGCAGAUUUCCUGAGAAUGCAAAGACCUAGUAUGUGCAAGAGAGAGCCAAAUAUCUCCUGAUAUCAGUCAAGAUAAACUUAUUAGAGUUAGUCCAGCUGGUGAUGCAGAAAAGCCAAUGUGGGGGCUACUUUUAAAGGAAUGAUUAGGAAAAUUAAAGUAAGCAAACUUUCCAUCCUCAGUCAUUGCUUUCAAUGGAGUUACACUAGGCAUGACCUUCAUUCACUCUUGUUGUCCGCCAAGCCGUAGAGAGACAAUAAUGCUGUGUUGAUUUUAAUCACAUCCUGUAUGUGAGAUUCGCUGGCUCAGAGAAAGUGUUUAGAAUAAAUAGGAAAUCAGGUCUGGAGUCUCUCUCCCUAAACUCUGGGUUAAGAGAGCAGCGGUAUCUGUCAAUGAGAAACAAAACACAGGACGAGAUUGACAUUUAGAGAAACUUCACCUUCCUAGUCGUUAUUAUUGUAAUAGCCUAAUUAUUUUGCUAUAUCACUGGGAUUGUCAGAAAACCAGUAUGUAUUUUACUGAGACAUUAAAAUGAGCUUCUGGUCUCACACCUCCAUUACUUCUGUAUUACACUGGUGUGAGUGAGGUCAGAAUCUGUCUUCGAAAGUCAAACAGUGAGAUCCUAUCCGUAGUCUGACAGCAGGACUUCCAAUAGCACUUACUGUUGACUUCAAUAGGAGCAGUGAGGCCAACAAUGAAGGAUUUUUAAAAUCCCAUGCUGAAUGUCCAUUGCAGCACUGACUGUUCUUUGGAUCAGCUGUGUGUUGCACCAGACCGAGUCCUAACCAGUCACUCUUCCAAUAGUUUAACAAUUGAGUCUGCUCAUCUCUUACUAGAAAUCACCCUGACUACCUGAAAAUCUUUGUGUUUGUUUGUUUGUUUUAAAUCAAAAUUACAAAAUUUUCUAUGAGAAGCACCUUCGGGGAUCUUUGUACAAAAUUAUAUAUAGGUUAUAUGAUGAUAAAAGUUAUGGUUACAGCAUCCUUCCUGUUUGUCUACUCCACAUCUUUAUCUGUAAAAUGGAUCUCUGUUAAUGUUGUGAAACAGUCUGAGAUUGUAUUGCAUGCUUAUAAAAAUGUGCACAGAGUUCACGGCUCCUUCUGCUUUUGCAUGCCAACUGCAGGAAGUCUCUGAACCCCCCAAUACCUGAAGUUACCUGGUAACAAGACAAAGUGGUUCCAACAUUCAACUUUGGUCAGUAAACAAUUAAUGCUGCAAAAACUUAAAUCGCUCCCCAUCAAACAUUGAUGGGUGGCUCUGUGAUACAGCUGGAAUGCACAGCUAACAAACGACUGGCAUUCUGCAGAAGAGGAAUGCCCAGAAAAUUUAAAGCAAUAUGCGCUGGCUUUUUAGAGGUCUAUGAUUAAUGUAGAUCCUGAAGAUAGAGAUGUCACUUACCCUCUCCUUCUUUUAUCCCACCUCUCUUUGCUUACUUUGUGUAUUAUGAUGAAACUGGUAUUUGGAUAUAUUUGUAUUUGGAAUAAUAAAACAUUAUAAAUAUACAUAAAGGAAGGCCCUG